AUGUGUCCCCUGCAGCGUCCCCGGCCAUCUCCUCCGGCCGAUGCCGGCAUCCGGCUUCUGUGUUCCAGUCCCUGUGACAUUGGGACGUACGGGCGCCGCCGCCGCCGGCGGGAAAUUUGAAAAUUUUAAAAAAAAUUUAAAAAAUUUAAUUUUUUUCCAAACAAAUUUUACAUACAUUUUGUCCCGAGUGCUUUGUCCUGCGCCCUGCCUGCAUUUUGUCUGUUCUUUCUGCCUGGAAACUGAGAAAAGUCCAUGGCGUCCAAAAAGCGUCCCUUUAGGUCAAAAGCGGUUUUAGAUCAGCUAGAGAACAGCGAUAGUAAAUCAGAACCACUUGCAGAAUUGA